AUGAUGACUUGCAACUUUAACCCAUUUAUUCUCCCGAGUGGAUUUCUGUCUCAAGACAAGAGCAUACGCACUCUAGUGAACACAACUUGCUACACCAUAUUCACCUCACCUCACUUACACAAGACACCAGCUACCAGCAACGACGAUCCCUUACCAUUACACUCUCGGAUCAAAGUCCCAAGAAUAUACAAUGAAUUCCAGUCGCUUGACCUUGAACAAAUCCGCUCUCGAGAGUACCACCAAGGACACUUCCGCCACUGCUGUUAUAGCGCCUCGUCCUCCAACACGGAUCUGCCUCAACAACGAGCCAAGCGUCGUCGAGACUGGGGCCUGGCCCCCAAGGACGUUUCCGUCUCCUCCCCCCAGUCCAAUACCAAGUACCGCAGGCCUCGCUCCUGGAGUUCUCGCCGGUCUUCCACGUAUUCUUCCGAGGGCUCUGGUAUCAUCUCCAUCGACUCUCCGGACAGCGGCUACUCUGCAGACGAUGAGUUCGCCUUCGACGACAACGAGACCGUCACCCCUCUCUUCAGCGGCGAGAUUCUUGUUGAGAACGUAGAGGAAAACCUCAUGUUGCCGCCUCUUUCCCCUGCUCAGUCCGAUGAUGUCUCCAUUGUGGAACACACCGUUAGUAACACCUGGGAUGGCGGAGAUGAUCACGCCAUCACUCACGUCGAGUUCCCCUACUCCGACACAGAAUUCUCCACCGCAAACGACGUGCCCGUCGCGAGACCGAGCUUGUCUAGCUACAAGAAGGACGACAAAUGGAUCAUUCGCAUCUUCGUACCCCCUUCAGCCUAA